AUGCCGACCCCGGAGGAGACGCUCGCGGCGUGCGCGGAAGUCCUCGCCGGCUUGGACGCCGACACGAUCGAGUACGUCGCCGGCGGCGUCGAGGACGCGCUCGACGAGUUCAACGAGUUCGAAGAUUUAGUCGCGGGGUUCGCGAGGGACGAGCUCUGCGGCGGCGACGACGCGCGCGCGUCCGCGUUGGCGCGCGAGCUGUGGGAGAAACUCAAGGGAGGAGGAGGAGGAGGAGGAGGAGGAGGGGAUGCCGCUUCCGCCGCGGCGGCCGCGGAGAAGCGCGCGCCGAUAUCCCUCGGCGGCGGCGUCUCCAAGCUCGAGGCGCGGACGAUGCGCGAUACCGAGGCGCUGCGCUCGCAGUUCGCCGCGCAGGAGAUCACAUACGACCACGCGCCGUCGGAGGGCGGCGCCGCCGGAGCGAGCGCGAAGGAGCGCGCGCGAGCGGAGCAGAAACAGCGGUACCUUGCGGCCGAGGCGGCCGCGCAGGCGGCGGAGCUCGCCGCGGAGCUGGAGGCGGCGCGAACGCGCGCGGCGCGGCUGCGUCUCUCCGGCGACGCGACCGGCUCGCGGCUCGCGACGAUCGAGCUCGGGCCGUUCACGCUGCCGAACCCCGGCGGGGGCGCGGACCUCCUCGAGAGCGCGUCGCUGACGCUCGCGCCGGGGCACAGGUACGGGCUCAUCGGACGGAACGGCAAGGGCAAGUCGACGCUGCUGAAGUUUUUGGCGUCUAGGCGCGUCGGCGGGUUAGACCCGUCGACCUCGGUGCACUACGUCUCUCAGGAGGUGUCCCUGACGGAAGCGCAGGAGGGAUCCAAGCCCAUGGACUUGGUCGUCGAGGCGGACGUCGAGCGACGCCUCCUGCUCGCGGAGGCGAAAACGCUAGAGGAUAAGGCGUCAUCACGUUCCGGCGGCGGCGAAGACGACGCGAGCGAAGACCAAAAACGUCUCGCGGACGUCCACGAACGACUCCUCCAGUGCGACGCGGACGGCGCGCCCGGCCGCGCCGCCGCGCUCCUCCACGCGCUCGGGUUCCCGGAGCACCUCUCUGGGAGAGAGAUGCGCGCGCUGUCCGGGGGAUGGCGCGUCCGAGCCGCGCUCGCGGCGGCGCUCUUCGCGAAACCAGACGUCCUGCUUCUCGACGAGCCGACGAAUCACCUCUCCAUCGCCGCGGUGCUGUGGCUCUCGAGAGAGCUCAGCGCGUCGCCGACGUGGCGGACGCGCGUCGUCGUCGUCGUGUCGCACGACCGGCACUUUCUAGACGCGGCGACGACGGAUUCGCUGCACAUCAGCGGCGUGGCGAAGCGGCUCACGGCGCAUCGGAUGAAUUACAGCGCCUGGGCGGAUAAGAGAGAGGAGCAACAGAGAGCGCUUCGUAAACGCGUCGCGACGAGGGAGGAGAAGAAGGAGAAGCUCGCCGCGUACGCCGGGCACGGGUUUAAGUACGGCGGGUCGUCCUCGCAGAUCAACAUGAUGACGCGUAAAGCGAACGAGGCGGCGAAAUUGGACGAGGAAGCCGCCGCGGAGGCGCGCGAGCUCGCGGACCUCAGCGAAGACGCGGAGCUGCCGCUGACGCUCGCCGCGGGGGGCGAGUUACGCGGACCGAUCGCGACGCUCGAGUCCGUGGCGUUCAAGUACCCGGGAGCGACGAACACCGAGCUCUUCGCGGACGUCGACAUGUCUCUGGACAGCGCGUCGAGGGUGUGCCUCCUCGGCGAAAACGGCGACGGGAAGACGACGCUCGUGAAGGUCAUGCUCGGCGUACUCGCGCCGACGCGAGGGAAAGUCACGACCAACCCCGGCGCGAGGAUCGCGCUCGUGAACCAGCACCACGCGGAUCAGCUCGAGUACGACAAGACGCCGCUCGCGUUCAUGCUCGAGAAGUUCCCCGGAGACGGGAGCGCGACGCGCGAGCGGGAGCUGCGGUCGCACCUCGCGUCCUGCGGCGUCGACGCCGCGCAGCAGCUCGUCCCCGCGGGCGCGCUGAGCGGCGGGCAACGCAGCCGCGUCGCGCUCGCGGCGACGUCGUACUCGCGGCCGCACUUGCUGAUUCUCGACGAGCCGACGAACAAUUUGGACCUGGAGGCGGUGGCGGCGCUCGCGGACGCGGUUGAAAACUUUCGAGGCGGCGUCGUUCUCGUCUCGCACGAUCAGUACUUCGUGCGGAGGGUCGCGCGGGAGGUGUACGUGGUCGGGAAGGGGAGGGUUCGGAGAGAAGAGAGCUUCGACAGUUACCGCGCCGCGAUGGAGAAGAAGCUCGCGGCGGCGAGCAAGUGA